GAGAAAAAUCCGUUCGCCAUGUCGCUAGAUCUGAAAUUGGAUGAAGACUUUCUGUUCAUCCUAAAUUUUGCACGCAACAGCAUGCACUUGUUCCAGAAUCGACCGGAGGAUCGUGCCAUAAUCGAGUCCUGGUUCGAAAAGCUCUGCCUCGAAGUGUAUCGAGGAAUCGAUGCGAAACGGCUCCGUAAUCUGUAUCUGGUGAAGCUGGUGACAUGUAUUCAGUCGGGUGCUUUGCUGGAACCGUUUCGGGAGAAACCGCACGGGGUAGGGUUGGAUCCCUUACCGCCGGAGAUUGUUCCUUCGAACAUGGACGAGCCGCCAUGGUUGGCUGAAUUUGACGCUGCCGCAGCGGAAAUGACUCCUGGUACAGCAAAGGAUUUUUCCAGCUACGUGUGCUCCAGAGUGCUGGAGAACGGAAGAGGUAUCUGUGCGUACGUGGCCGUUUCGGUGGCAGAUGAAGGUGAAAAGCCGAAAUGGUUCGAAAUGGGUUCCGGCAGACCACUUCUGCUUUCGGGCUUUGACGCGGAAAUUGAUAAGGCCUACGAAAAGAUGAUUGAGUCCACCGUCGGUACUGCGGUAGACGAAGAACCCGCAGCGUUUAUAGAAUUAGCCGAGGAUGUGAUAAUAGCCAUCCAGGAGGAGGAGAGCGGUCUCACUGGUCCGGACGAGCAUCCUGGUUUGGAGAAGUUUAUUACGGAGUUCAAAAAGCAUGUCCGUGGGAAGCCAAUGGAAUGGGAACUGCUAAGAUACAGCCACAAGAAAAGACGUGCAAUGUUGCUGUCAUUCCUGCAAAAGAAGUUACAAGAUCAGGUUGAUGAGAUCAAGCUUUAUCUUCAUUGAUUGAGAGUGGUUAUAAAUUCAAAAUGGUUUCGUCAAAAAUAUAUUUUAAUUAUUGCCUUU